AUGACCACAUUAGCUAAGGAUCUAAACACAUCUCUUACCAACAUCAGUUUGACGAUCACUACUUAUAUGGUAUUCCAAGGCAUCUCGCCAACCAUUGUGGGUGGCCUUUCAGACCGGUAUGGCCGAAGGCCGGCCUACCUACUCUGUUUUGUUGUUUAUAUUGCAGCGAAUAUUGGUCUCGCUUUGCAGACAAACUAUGCCGCACUUUUGGUACUUCGUUGCGUUCAAAGUGCUGGUAGUAGUGGUACCACCGCUCUAUCCAACGGGGUGGUCUCAGAUGUUGCAACGAGGCAGCAGCGAGGCAGCUAUGUUGGCCUUGCCGCGCUAGGCUCGUCACUCGGGCCCGCUCUCGAGCAAUUUUUUGGGUUUUUGGCCAUUUACGGUGGAGUUAUGCUCUUCAUAUACCUCAUCUUUAUUCCGGAAACAUGUCGCAACAUCGUCGGAAACGGCUCUGUUCCGCCGCAGCGAUGGAACAGGCCCUUGAUAGCAGUCUUCCGGCAGCGAAGGCUAGGCAAGGACAGCGCCAAUCUCUCGCGUGAAACAAUUGUACGAAAAAUGCGACCUGGUAUUCUUUCAUCCAUCCCAAUCCUCCUAGAGAAAGAAAACUUAUUGAUGCUUUUCUUUGGUGGAAUAUUCUACGCUGGAUUUUACAUUAUCAUCACUGGUCUUCCAGCGCAACUUUCAUUGACCUACAACUACAACUCCAUCCAAGUUGGUCUCUGCUAUAUACCUAUCGGUGCCGGUCCAUUGCUUAUCAGGCCAUUCGUCGGUAGAAUAAUGGACGCAAAUUUCCGUCGUCAUGCGCAAAGACUGGGAGUUGAAAUCGAUCAGGAAGUACAACAUAAUAUUGACGAUUUUCCGAUCGAGAGGGUACGGCUGGAGAUUUCUCUCGGUUUCACAUACUUCGCAUGUAUUGCAAUCAUUCCAUAUGGAUGGGUGAUUGGUAUGGAGCACCCACCUCUUCCAGCAAUUCUUGUGCUCCUAUUUUUCAUGGGUCUCAGUGUUUCCGCAGCUUUUCAGCCUUUAAGUGCCGUGGUCAUUGACUUAAACACAAAAAGCUCCGCUGCUGCCAGUGCCGCCAAUAAUCUGGUACGGUGCUUGCUGGGAGCUGGUGGGGUGGCCAUUGUCAACCCGCUGUUCAACGCACUCGGAAGAGGCUGGACAGCGACUCUGAUUGCGCUGAUCUGGGGGGUCAUGAGCUUAUGCUGGUGGGCAGUGAUUAUAUGGGGCCCACAAUGGAGGGCAGACAAGAGGAACAAGAAGUCAAAAAAGCUGGAGAGAGCUCUGGAGAAUGUGUGA